AUGAUGAGCCCCCCCUUUCUGUUUGGUGCUCAAAGAUCAAAUGCUGUGCUCUUCAUCAUUUUCAUCUCUUCUCUUGUCACCUCCUUCUCAUUAUCAUAUGGGUAUGAUUCAUUAGAUCCUUAUGCCAACAUAACCAUCACUUGGGAUUUUCGGCUUCAAACUGGGAGCACAUAUGAUAUAAAGGUAUCAAUAUACAACUUCCAGCAAUUCCGGCAUUUGGAUCGGCCUGGUUGGAAAUUGAGUUGGAUAUGGAAAGAUGAUGAUCAAGUGAUUUGGGACAUGUGGGGAGCUGAGGCCAUGGAGCAAGGAAACUGCUCCAAGUUCAGGAGCUCACCACAACUUCCUCACUGCUGUAAAAAGCAGCCAGUGAUUAUUGAUUUUUUGCCAGGAGCCCCUUACAACAAGCAGUUCUCCAAUUGUUGCAAGGGAGGGGAGCUCUCUUCCAUGAUCCAAGACUCUUCCAAGUUUCUAUCUGCAUUCCAGAUGAAUGUUGGAUUUGGAAAAACCAACAACAUUACAGAAGUUAUGCCUACCAAUUUCACCCUCGGAAUUCCUGGUUAUACCUGUGGAGACGCAUUUCUCGUCUUACCAACUAGGUCUAGUCCCGAUGGCCGCCGAUGGGUACAAACUCUAGAGACAUGGAAUGUGACCUGUAUGUACUCCCAGUUCAGAGCAUCACCUUCUCCAAAAUGCUGUGUUUCCUUGUCUGCAUUCUACAAUAGCACCAUUGUUCCUUGCCCGAAAUGCAGCUGCGGCUGCCAAGGACUGCCGGGAGCAAAAUGCCUAAAGUCUGGUGAAAAGUCUCCGCAUCUGUUGGAGCUUCCACGAGCGCAGGAGAACGAAGAAGUGCCACCUCUGGUGACUUGUUCACAGCACAUGUGCCCGAUUCGAGUGCAUUGGCAUGUGAAGCAAAGCUAUAAGGAGUACUGGCGGGUGAAGAUUACAAUCACUAAUCUUAAUUUUGUUAAAAACUAUUCGUCUUGGAGCUUAGUCGUUCAACACCCCAACUUGAGGAGUGUAACUCAGUUGUUCAGCUUCAACUACCACCCUCUCAAUGCGUAUGGAAAUAUAAAUGAUACAGGGAUGUUCUGGGGGAUCAAAUCGUACAAUGACAUGUUACUCGCGUCCGGCCAGAGCGGCAAUGCUCAAUCGGAGAUGUUACUGCACAAAGAUCCUGGGAUUUUCACUUUCAGGGAAGGAUGGACUUUUCCUAGAAGAAUUUCCUUUAAUGGUGAUGAAUGUGUCAUGCCCCCUCCAGAUGAGUACCCUACACUUCCCAACAGUGCAACAACAUCAAGGCCUUCCUUAGUUUUCUUCUCAUUCUUGAUCCUUGCAUUUGUGUUCUGA